GUAAUCAUUUGUAACUGAAUGCAUGAUUAGCAGGCAGCUAAAAAAAAAAAAACCAAACAAAAAAAAGUCUAUCCUGCAGAUAUGGGGACAUACUCAUGUGACGUCGCAAGAAGUACUUUGCUGCAGCAGCCACUGAGUGAAACUGGAGGUCAGGGUUAGCGACGCUUUUAUACUCCAGCAGGUGUAAUCUAGCAAACCGAAAACACCGGCGCCUGUUCCAAAACUCGGCCCACUCAAAGCAACCAACUCCAUCAGUUUGGCUUUCCAGCGAACUGGAACACUUAACGUUUAAGUUGAUGAGCGAUCUGAAGAUCCCAGGUGAGCAUCAGCACUACAGAUGACAGGUUGGGCUGUGGGAUGAACGCUUUGAACCACAUUUUAGCCACAUUUUGAGGUCUUCCUCUGUGACCCACAUAUUUAGCAAAGGAAGCAGUGAUAGGUCAAAAGCACAAAUCGAGAUCCAUGAAUGUGAUGCAAUUCUGUGGGGGGGUUACGAUCAUAGUGCCACGAUUUAGCUUGAAUGCUGCUCACUGAGAUCCAGGAUAGCUGCAUGAAAUGGUAGUGAAAACUUACUGAGGUCAUAUACUAAAUCAUAUAGAGCGCCAAAACUUACAUGUCGACGUUUAAUGCAUUUACCAGCGAGAGUUCCACUCAUUUAGGCCUCAGUUAGGUCAAAGAUGGGGCUGUUCUUCUGUUUUAACCUUCAUAUAAAUCAGUAUGAUCAAUGCGACAUUAAUGCGACCAGCUUUCUGCGCUCGCGACACUCCAACUGGGAAAACCGCGAAAAUCACGGAGUUUCUAGAACGUCCAAAGUGCUACAUUUGGUUCUAGAACUCAUUCUGUCGACACGAAGAGUUCCAAAUUUUGUUACAUUCCUCACGGUGAGUUACUUUUUAAUGAGUGACGUGUCCUCCUAAAGCAGACUGCUUUAUGUUGUAUUCAUUUCAAUGGGAAAAACAACCGUUCAACCUUCAUGUACUUUGAAACUGAAAAUAAUGAUUCUCGAAAAUUCCUGUUAGCCAGUGUAAGCUCUGACACGAAUUAAACCUUGUCGAGAAUGCAACACAUUUGAAAGCUUGUGUUGUCAAAAGUGUUGACAUUACCACUGUUACUAUUGCAAACAUUUGUGGUUAAAACAACAAACAAACAGGCUGAGCUCAUUUGUUGUCACUGCUCUAUUUGCAUACACAAGUAGCUUAUAUUAGCCAAAUAGGUGACGUAGUUAUGAGAUGUGGCAAAUCAUGAUUACAUAAAUUCCCUGCAUGAGGUCAGAGCCUUAAUGCUUUUGAUUUUUGAUCCCUGCCUGAAGCUGUUUUAUUUAAUGAUUUAUCUUGUCAGCUUCAGCAUGAGCACAGGACCAAGCAUGCAAGCUACAAGCUUUGUCCAGGGAAACCAGAGCCGAGUAGAGCACGAUGCCCCCCAUUCUGCUCUCUUCUACCUUUUCCAAGAAGUUUCCAAGUUAACAUCCCCUGUGUGUCCAGGAAGUGUUAGUUUCUUGGACACAUGUCCAUCCUCCAUACAGCUCAAUGAGACGUCUAGGAAGGAUCCUUUAGUAGUUAAAAAGAGAGGGGAGGACACACAAAGUUUGCCUCCUGUGUUGCUGUGUGAUCAGUUGAAAAAAGUAAAGAAGGAAGGUCCUGGCAGUAACGUCACAACCUUGAAUGAGCCACAUUGUGAAUGCAAGAAUCCAGGAAAAGUGCUGAGUCUGAUCAACCUGCACUGUGAAAAGCUCCUUCAUCAAGGAGAUGCAGAAGAAUUGGAGUCGUGUUCAGUAUCAUCUGCUAUCAGAAUUCAUCAUUCAACAAUCAAGUCAUCAACUGCAGAGCGAGCUGUUCCAGAAGGGGAAGUUAAAAGUGACAGUGUAGGUGCUCAGUGCACGUUAAGGGAUGCGUCUCUCAGUCCUGUGGAGGACACAACAGAGGAUGGUUAUAAACUUCAGUGCUGUGUGAAAGACAGCGAGAUGAACUUUAGAGUUCAACUACAGCCUGCUGAGAAAACAGACACUGUUGGAGCAGAGUUGUUGGUGCACAAUGCAGCAGCGUCUUUGCAGUCUGAGCACGGGUGCAAAAAGGAGAUCAAAUCCAGUGUUAACAGUCAACUUAAGGGGAAACAGGAACAUAACCAGGAUUGUUGCGCUACUGAACUGGAUAUUUUGGAUGUACCCUUACAUCAAAAUUCUUUGUCGCAAACACACAUCCCCGAUGGAUAUCUUAAUGCUCAGCUGACUUCUAAAUCAAAUGAUGAGACUUGUGUAGCUCUGUCAAAGCCAGCACUAAGGCUAGACCACAAUGCAAACCUUACUUUGUUCAUAGAACCACCAUGUGACAUCCAGCUGCCUGCUCCGUGCUCCGUCCUGUCCCCGUCACGAUCUGAAUCACUCAUAUUUAGCAAUGCAGAGAAUUUUCACUCGCUCCUAACACAAGAUGACAAAACCACAGCAUCAAAGGCAGAAUGCACACAUGAUCCCAAAGAAGAGAAACACCGUGCACUUGCUGAGCUGCAGUCCUCAAGCUGUAAUGUGUCUUCUGCUACAUCAAAACCAGAACUCUUAGCGCAAGAGGAGGAAGUUGGUAUUCCGUCUUCUCACCAGUGGAGAAUAAAGACUCCAAGAAAACAACCUCAUCCCAGCCGGAGUGCUGAUAUCCAAGAUCCAGACUUCCAGGGAGUAAUAUUCAGGAUGGACACAGAGCUGGACGACAGCAGGGAACAAUGUCGGCUCCUCAUAACUUCAAAGUAUAGUAAAGUCUACUACAUAUGUACCCAUCACAGCAAGAAGCUCUGCAAGAGUGCAAGGAAGCCGAGGCUGAAGACACGGACAUCCCAGAAGUCCCUUAAAAUCUGCAGCUCGGAUGACGAGAAGGACCUGACAGCUAAUGUUUUCAAAAGCAAAGUCUGUGCAUCAUGCUGCACCAGGAAAACCCCCAUGUGGAGAGAUGCAGAGGAUGGGACUCCACUCUGCAAUGCUUGUGGGAUAAGGUAUAAGAAGUACAGAGUGCGCUGUGUCAACUGCUGGCAUAUCCCUCGGAAAGAGGGCAACUCCAGCUCCAGCUGCCUCAAGUGUGGAAACUUUGUGAGGCUGACCUCAGCUCAGCGGAAACACACCACCUAGGGAACAUGCACUGAGCAAAGGUUUUUAUGUCCACAUGUGACUGAACUCUGCACACAACAGUUUAGGACAAUACCCACUGCUCCUGUAGUUCUUUAUAAUUCACCACAAAUGUGAAGUAGUAGAAGUAAAGGACAGCAUGAUAGUCAGUAGUUGUCUCUUACAUCUUACUUGGCUCAAGGUAUUAAAAAUAGCUUCACCUCUCAGGAUGAGAAGUAUUCAUGAGGGAAAAACAGUCCCAAAAAAAAGGAAAAACACAAACAGCUGUCUGAAGUUCUUAACUUAGAGCUUACAAGUGGUGGACUGUAUGUAGCAUGUGUGAUAGAUCAGUUAGUUUUUUCUCUUUCUACGCCAAGACAGACGUACUGAUGCAUUUGACAAUCAUUUUAAGUAGGGUACUGACAGGCUACACGUCCAGUGGAAAGUUUAGCUGUGAUUGUAUUUUUCCUCUAAAUAGCUGCGAUGUUUCUUGUGUGUAAUGGUCAGCAGUGCCUGACUCCUGCAAUAGAAACUUGUUUCUGUACAGGUACUGAGGUCAGUGCUGUGUUCACUGUUAUUAACUGUUUACCUUCAAAAACCGUUUGCUUCUCCUGACCCUGACAGCAAGACUCAGUUCAGUAGACAUUUGUUCAGUUGCAGAAGUUAAAUCUACUUAUUUAUUUAGUUUUCUUUGUCGUGGUUUGUAAUUGUGGUUGUGUUUGAUGGGCUUCUUUCAUUUCUUGAUGUUUUUGUGGAUUGUUGGUUUUGGGUGGUAACAUAUUCUACCGGUUGCAUUGGUGCACUGAUUUCCUCAGCACUGGCUGUUUUCUGUGAGGACAAAACAAGAUUUUUG